UAUGAUUCACAAGAAGCUAGCAACUGCACACAUCUCACACACAAACAUGCACUCACUUCCAGAAAAGCCUAUUAACUGAGAAAAGGUGGAGCAUUGAAAAAGAGAGAAUAGAGAGAGUAGGGGGAUGGGGGAUGAAGAAAAAGGAGGUGAUUGGUAGGGAGUUUGGGGAGAGUGUUUAUGAAAGAAAGACUGUCUCAGAACGGGAAUCAGAGCACAGGACAGAGGAUAUUAGAAAACUUUUUGGAUCCAAGGAUAAUUCUCCCUCGACGACUGAUAAACUAAACAGGAAACAUGUAUGUGUGUGGACAUGUUCUCAUCCUUCUCAUCAUCAACUUGCUAAAUCACUCCCUUGUGACAUCAUCUCGGAAUGGCACUCGACCCCGUUCCCAUCCCUCUGGAGGCACAAAAGAUGACUAUAGUGAUUACGAGGACAUCUCCACUGAACCUCCGAGAACCUCCCCCACUGACAAUGAAGACCGUGAAGAAAAUCUAUGCCAGUAUGAUAGCUGUGUGGAGCAGCAAGUAACUUGCAGAGAUCUUCAAGAUGCCACAGGAUGCUUUUGCCCUGGGCUGAGCUCUCAAAACCCCCCAGAUCUACCGGAAAAAUUGAAGCUAUCUGAAGAGGAUGGCAAAGGGGUUGUGGUACACUGGUGCGCACCAAAGUCCAUAGUCAUGCACUAUAUUAUCCAAGUGAAAGGGAAAGAUAAAGUGAUGGAGAAAAAGGUGGAGCAGAAGAAAAGAAUGGCUGUAUUGGGGGAUGUGGCGGUUGGCAUGCAUGUUUGCGUAGAGGCCGUGAAUUAUUCUGGGGCCAGCCAAUCAUGUGUGCAGUUUGAACCCCAGACUUCAGACUCUGGAUUAGCACUGAAGCUGGGGAUUAUAGGAGGAGAAACAUCUGAGGCACUUACAGGUAAAUGAAAAACAACUGGAACUCCAUCAUCUCUCCUCAGCUAUUUGAAAAAGCAACCUGAUCAAAAGAAUUUUUCCUUUGGGUUCAUCCUACACAUGCCUUCAUUCCCAUCAUUGCAAAACCUUUGUUAGUCACUAUAAAUCUAUUCUAAAUACCUGACCAAAACCUCUCAGCCGGGAAGUGGUAAGUCACAUAAGUGCAAAGUACAGGAUAACAGAAUGCUGACGCAAGUAGUGUGUAAGAAAUGCCAGAUCCUGGUUUUAACACUGAAUUUCAAAACUGCCCCACAGGAUAGAUGAGAAUAUUUAUUGGGAGGUUCAUGCCUUUCAGUGUGUGCACUGAGGCCACACAAGAUACGUGUGUCGGUGCAGUAUAUGCUGGAUGGGGUAAAGCUCAUUACUGCUGAAUAAGGAAUCUCACAAUGCUCUACCAGUUGAGCUGCAGAAACACAAUCUGAUUUAUGUGUGUUUGGCCUUUAAAAUUAAAUGUAUCCAGGGUUAUAUGAAAAGCAACCUAGACCUGUCAACUGUUAACAUUCUGCAUAAAUCAGCUGUAUGUGUAUGUUAAGUGACAUACAUUCAGUCACAUUUUGUAGCUACAAAUGUCUUUUGAUAUUUGCUAUGGAAAGACUUAUUACUGAUGGUGAUCAUACUCAUAUCUGCCACAAGAUGUCACUGCAGCGCUAAAACAACCUGACCAAUUACACAUCAGAUCAAAUGCUUUUCUACUCAAAUCACUGUGUUCAAAGCACUCAGGAUUCUCGCAUCUUUUUUCAGUAUGUGUAUAAGGCAGAAAGAGGCAUCACCUGCUUUUAGACAAUCAAAAAAAGGGGCCACAAAGGCUUGUCAAUAAUUGUCAGAUUAUUUUGUGCUAUGCUUUAAAUAUGUAUGCAGACAAGCACACCUCUUACCAGUUAAAUCCAGAAUAAUAAAGAAAUAUUUUUUCUUCUGAAGGAAAGAAUACAGUAUAAAUACAGAGGGUGAUGGGAUGUUAUAAUAUUUCAAGAUGUCUAGGUGUUUGUAUUUCCUUGUAACCAGAAACAAAUGAAUAUCUGUUUAAAGCUUUCUGUUCAUGGUAUGAUGAUCAUGCCAUUAAAACAUAUAAACUAUUAAUAUGUGCCUAAAGCUAACAAGAUAACAGCCAGCGGUUUACACUUUCAAUUUCAAUUGUCAAUUCAACUUAAUUGUAUUUUUAAAGCUAAUAAAAGGAGGAUAACAUUUUUUGACUAAAAUUGCAUCAUGUUUCUGUUGUAAACUAAUGUUCUGUGUAUGAGUAAUA